AGAGGAUUGGACGAAACCGCCCGUCAACUGAAAGGGCGGAGUUAUCCGAAAAGAGGCGGCCAAUCAACAAGGGGCUGAGGCUUCUCGCAGGAAGUGACGUUUGACAGAAGCAGCUGAAGUCGCUUCUUGAUUGGUUGCGCCCUCAGGACCCGGAUAUUGUUGUUCUUUUAUUGUCAUUCUCUAGAGGAAAGGCCAGGAAAAAGAUGGAAGCUGUAGACAUCCAGCCAGACUGCCUUGGACUUUAUUGUGGACGAAUAGUCGAAAUUAUAAAUGGGACUGACGUUCAUGGUGAAUGUGGGGUGUGUCCAAGAGGACAAAGAACAGACGCCCGCAAAAUCUGCCGAGAAUGUAUUGGAUCUCCAGAGCGCUAUGACUGGCUGUAUCUUGGCUUUAUGGCCAUGCUUCCUCUGAUCUUGCAUUGGUUCUUCAUUGAAUGGUAUUCAGGGAAAAAGAGGUAAAUAUUUAUUUAAAAU